UAUACCAUCUAAUCUAGGGUUUCUAGACAAAUAUCUCAUAUAAAUACAUUUUUCUCCACUCCACCACAACUCCUCUCUUCAGCGCAGUACUCCACUGUUUACCCAGCCUUUCGUACCCAAAUCUCUCUCUCUCCGUCGUCGUCGUCGUCCCAUUACAAAAGCAUACAAAUGGCCGUUACCUUUUCAGAUCUGCACACAGAAUCUGGCCUCAAGUCACUCGACGACUUCCUCUCCGGAAAAACCUAUAUUUCUGGGGACCAACUUACUAAAGAUGAUAUUAAGGUAUACGCUGCAGUGUCGCAUAAGGUCAAUGCCUUCCCUAAUGUUAGCAAGUGGUACCACUGCGUUUCCUCGCAACUCGCUGCAAGCUUCCCUGGCAAAGCUGUUGGAGUGAAAAUAGCUAGUCAAGGUGCUCCGGCUGUGGAAGUGAAAAAGGAAGCUCCAGCUGGAGAUGAUGAGGAUGACCUGGAUCUCUUUGGUGAUGAGACUGAGGAAGAAAAGAAGGCAGCUGAAGAGAGGGAGGUGUCGAAAGCCCCUACCAAAAAGAAAGAGAGUGGGAAAUCAUCUGUUCUUCUGGAUGUGAAACCUUGGGAUGAUGAGACAGACAUGAAGAAGUUGGAAGAGGCUGUUCGAAGCAUCGAGAUGCCAGGUCUCUUUUGGGGAGCGUCAAAACUGGUCCCUGUUGGGUACGGGAUAAAGAAGCUGACAAUCAUGAUGACUAUAGUUGAUGACCUUGUUUCAGUGGAUACACUCAUAGAAGAACAUCUCACGGUCGAGCCCAUCAACGAAUAUGUGCAGAGCUGUGACAUUGUUGCGUUCAACAAAAUCUGAUACUACCAAUGCCAUCCUUAAAAUCCAUCUAGGUUUAACAUUUGCGCAUGGUUUUUUCAACUUUGUUUUGUCAAGUUUAUGAUCAAUUCUGUUCUCUCUGUGAUGUUUUUGGUGUGGCCUUUUCACCACACCAUUGUUCGUUGGAUAAUGGUGAUAUUUGUCUUUAGUUCAGCGGAUUCUAGAUACGUACAUGGGCUAUAUUUGGAUUUCCUAGAACCUUGGGAAGAAGAUGAAGUUGAGUUGUCAUUUUAACA